AUGUCGGCGCUGCGCAGUAUGGAGACAACCCACAAGAGCACGACGGUGUUGCGCUGCAAGGUGGCGAUCGUUGGGGACGCGACUGUGGGCAAGACGGCCUUGCUGCAGGUUCUGAAGAGCAACGGCCACGAAUACCCGAAGAACUACGUUAUGACGUCCGACGUGGAGCUGUCGACCAAAAGCAUUGCAAUCCCGGAUACGAACGUCGUCGUGGAGCUUUACCUCUUUGACUGCGCCGGCCAAAGCAUCUUUAACCAACUCGACUUCGGCACUGUUCACUACAAAGGCGCGUCGAUGGCUCUAGUGGUGUUUGAUGUGAACAACAAAGAGUCCUUCAAGUCGUGCAGCAAGUGGUACCAGGACGUUCGUGACGCGUCUCCGAACCACAACAUCCCUGGUAUGAAGGACUAA